UCGAUUACUCGUCAGCAAAGCCAACGCAGUAACUAUAUAUAUAAAAGCUUCUUCCCUUGCAUGAGAUAUAUAUCACUACUCGUCAUUCUUUGAUCAAUUAAGCUGUGUUUGUUGGGAGUACGUACGUAGCGAAACAUUCAUUCAUUAAGAAUAGGCAAGACGGGUCUGCCUCUGUGGAUGCUGGGGUUGGGUGCGGACCGGUUGCGAGCCGACAUGAAUCGUUUGCUCGCUUCUCUCUUUCACCAGGGAGUACUGGAUGAGCAGUUCUUGCAGCUGCAGCAGCUUCAAGACCACAGUUCUCCCAACUUCGUCUCCGAGGUUGUCACAAUCUACUUCCACGAGUCCGAGAAGCUACUCAGCAAUCUCCGACAACUCCUUCUGGAUAGGGAGUUCUCGGAUUACAAGAAGAUGGGAAUGCACCUGAAUCAGUUGAUGGGCAGCAGCUCCAGCAUUGGUGCCAAAAGGCUCAGAAACAUUUGCGUAGCCUUCCGUGCCGCCACCGAACAGAACAACAGAAAUGCAUGCCUGCGGGCUCUUGAGCUGCUGGAGCACGAAUACUGCUAUCUCAAGAACAAACUGCACGAACUAUUCCAAAUAGAGCAACAGCGAGUACUGGCGGCCGGAGUUAGGUACCCAAUGCAGAACUAGUGCUUAAACGCAAGCCAUGCAUGAAAUUAAGAGGUUUUGACUCUUGACGUUGCGACCAUUGAUAUCUACUAAUUAUUAAUGACGAGCCAUGCAAGAAGAAGAAGAAAAAGAAGAGAAGGAAAAGGGUUGUUGGCACGCAACGCAGCUUGUACGUGCGUAUGGGCUGCAUGAUGAGUGCAUAUGUUGUCACCUUUCUCUUAAUAAUAUUGUAGAGUGAGUGAGUGAGUGAUAUUCUUUUUGGAAUGUCUUAGGGGCUUGUUUUUGUUGUAAUGCAUGUGUGUGUAUCUAAAAGGCUCAUUUUCUGCAUUGGGGGAGAUUCUGCUUUCAGCUGCUAAUUGGUACUUCCUCUUCAUGGAACUGUUGCUGUCUCCCUC